AAAGAGAGAAAAUGCCACACGACUGAACAAAACAAAAAAUGUGAUCCUACGAAAAGAAAGAAAUCGAUUUGUAUCCUGCAAGUUUCAAAUAUUUUCGAGAUCUUCGAAUAUUCUUCAAGAGAUACGACACAAAGAGAGUCGUUUGUUUAUCUUUUUCUUCACUGUGGGAGAAGAAGAAGCAUGGCGCCUUCCGGAGGAGCUCUGUGCUGUCUCCUCCUUCUGGUGGUCCUCCUCCAGACGCGUCCUGUAGGGUCCUACGUCUUCAAAACGGGAGAGUGUCCUUCUGUGACUCCGUUAUCAAACUUCGCCUUUGCCCAGUUCGCAGGCACAUGGCACGUGAUCCAGAGCAGCAACACAGCUUCCCGAUGCUACUCCCUCUCCUUCAGUGAAAACGGCGGCAGCUUUUUCCUCACCAUGAACAAGCAGAUCUUCUCCCUCAGAGCUGCCGGGAUCGUGCACAAUUUGCGGUUCGAAGCGCAGAUUUAUCCGAACCCCAAUGAUCCGGCAUCUAUGGUGCUUCGAAUACCCUCCAACCUGUACCAAGACGUGUCCUACCAGAUCAUCUCGACAGACUAUACCACGUGGGCGGUCGCGUGGAGUUGCAAACCCACGGUCUUCGGUCACAUGCAAUCCGUCCUCAUCAUGAGCCGGAGUAGAGAGCUCCCCCUGAGUGAGCUGAGGAGCAUUCGCCUGGAUCUGGAGACCGCCGGCGUGAGCGUGGACGAGCUCUCCUCCGUGCAGCAGACGGAGUGCAACCCGGAUCUAGGCGGAGGACGAUUCACCCUCGACCUCGCCUCGAACCUCGCCGACACCCUGGUCGACUGGACGGCUCUCAUCCCGUCCUCCACACUCCCUGGCCUUUCCCCGUCAGGCUGUUUCGUCCAGGAGGGGGAUUUCUACCUGUAUCUCGAGACCUGCAACGCCACGGCCUCCAACGUCAUUUUUGAUCCGAAUGACACCUCCUCGGAUGGCGGUGGCGGGGGUGAGGGCGGGGGGGAGGACGAGUAUGAGUAUUAUUAUUAUUAUGAGUAUUACGACGACGAAGGGGAGGCGACGGAGGCCACGCCGGGGGAGGCUCUGCGCUUCCUCGUCCUCCACAACAUCAACGUGAGAAAAUUUCCGGUGAAGCUGAGUCGCCGAGAUCUCCAAGGGUACUUCCGGGACAGGCAGGAGAAGAAGAUGCUGAGGAGGCACUUGAGAGUCGCGACGAAGAAGUGGAGGAAGCAGAGGAACAACCCUGCUUAUGCGACGCUGUCUGUGCUCCUGCGGGACAGCGAUCUCGAGCACGCCUUUCGUUCCCGUAGUCGCGUGGUGGGUUUCCUGCGGAGGAACCGAGCCCCAACUAAAGAUAAGCAUUAUAUCCCUAUGAAACUGCAACGUGAGCAAGACACAUGA